GGGAGGAGGAGGAGGAGGACCAAGAUCCGCUCUGCGCAAGCGCCAGAAACAGAAGCGCUAAGACAGCGAAUCACCAUCCAGGAAACAAAACUGCCGGCUUUCAAAUCCUCCGCCUCCUGCUAACGCCAUCCUCCUCCCCCUCUUCUCCAGAGGCAAGAGCGCGGCGACGUGAAGGGCUGCGAUCGGGGGACUCCGCAGGUUCGUGGGUUUGAUUUAUUGGAGCACGUUUGACUAAACGGCGGAAAGAAGCGCGGGAGGCAUACUUCUCAGUUGGUGACAGCAAAGGUUGGCACAAUCCAGAAAUGGCCUCAGAAGACAUUACAAAAUUGGCAGAGUCACUUGCUAAAACCCAAGUGGGUGAUGGACAGCUGAGCUUCAAAGGCAAGAGUCUGAAGCUGAACACUGCAGAAGACGCUGAAGAAGUGAUUAAAGAGAUUGAAGAGUUUGAUGGGUUGGAAGCAUUGCGCCUAGAAGGCAACACCGUGGGAGUGGAGGCAGCAAAGGUCAUUGCCAAGGCUCUAGAGACAAAAUCUUUACUCAAGAAGUGUCAUUGGAGUGACAUGUUCACUGGGAGYCUGCGGUCAGAGAUUCCUCCUGCUCUGAUGUCUCUUGGAGAUGCCCUAAUUACUGCUGGCUGCCAGCUAACAGAACUGGACCUGAGUGACAAUGCCUUUGGCCCUGAUGGGGUGCGUGGGUUUGAGCCCUUGCUGAAGAGCCCAGCCUGUUUCACGUUGCAAGAACUCAAGCUGAACAACUGUGGGAUGGGCAUUGGCGGUGGCAAGAUCUUGGCAGGAGCUCUGAAAGAGUGUCACAGAAAGUCAAGCGCUCAAGGCAAGUCUUUGGCUUUGAAGGUAUUUGUAGCUGGAAGGAACCGCUUGGAAAACGAUGGUGCAACUGCUCUUGCUGAAGCAUUCAGAGUUAUUGGGACUUUGGAAGAGGUUCAUAUGCCACAGAAUGGAAUCAACCAUCCAGGAAUUACAGCCUUAGCUCAGGCCUUUGCAGUCAAUCCUUUGUUGAGAGUGAUCAAUCUGAAUGAUAACACUUUUACUGAGAAGGGAGCUGUGGCCAUGGCAGAGACACUGAAGAAACUCCGACAAGUAGAAAUCAUCAACUUUGGUGACUGUCUGGUGCGUUCAAAAGGAGCUGUUGCUAUUGCCGAGGCCGUUAGUGAAGGACUUCAUAAACUAAAGGAGCUCAAUUUGUCCUUCUGUGAAAUUAAAAGAGAUGCUGCUUUGAUUAUUGCUGAAGCUACCGAGGACAAAUCAGAGCUGGAGAAGCUAGAUCUCAAUGGUAAUUGUUUUGGAGAAGAAGGCUGUGAACAACUUCAGGAGAUCCUUGAAGGUUUUAACAUGGCAGAAGUGCUUGCAUCCCUAAGUGAUGAUGAAGGUGAAGAUGAUGAUGACGAUGAUGAUGACGAUGAAGAGGAGGAGGAAGAAGAAGAUGAGGAGGAGGAGGAAGAUGAUGAUGAUGAAGAGGAAGAAGAAGAAGAGGAACAACAACCUCGGGUUAAGGAAAGGGGCCAAGGAGAGCAGGAAUUGCAUACACCUCAGAAAAUCAUAGACACACAUGAUCCUCCUCCAGUGUCUUCUCCUCCUCUCCCUUCUGUGGAUGUUGGAACUUUCUUAGCUUUUCCAUCUCCAGAAAAGCUCUUGCGACUGGGCCCCAAGUGCUCAACAUUGAUAGCCCAGCAGACAGAUACAUCUGAUGCAGAGAAAGUUGUUAAGGUUUUUCUGAAGAUCUCCUCUGUCUUCAAAGAUGAGAUACCAAUAAAAACAGCAGUAAAUGAAAUAACAGAUGCCGUGAUGUCAGCAGCAUUUUCAUCAGCUACCUUCAAUUCUAAUGCUUUCAUUACCAGCCUCUUGAUUCACAUGGGAUUGCUCAAGGGAGAAGAAAAAAUAAAGGAUUUUCCAAGUCUUCACGGCCCUCUGAUGGCAUUAAAUCAUAUGGUCCAGCAGGAUUAUUUCCCAAAGUCACUCGUCCCAAUUCUUACGGCUUUUGUCUCAAAACCCAACCACGCUUUAGAUUCCUGCUCUUGCGCGCGCCACUUGCUGCUACAGACCCUCCACCAUCUGUAACGCCGAGGCAUCCCUGCCCUUCCUUCCUCCACGUGGGACGUGCAUCAGAGCACCCUUAGCCUGGAAAGGCAGCAAAGAA